AUGACGGGCAAUGCCUUUACCGUCGUCUACGUGGACCGCAAGGCCCCCAUGACAGGCUUCCUGAGCAGCAAGGAUCUUGAUGGAUGGAAACAAGAGCAUGCCUCUAAUGAGACCGAUCACAAUAUUCGCACAAUCAUGUCUGCCUUUGGACAAGCCCACAUCUGCGCUGACGGCGUGUCCUGCUUGACGACCAUUGCACAACUCGACGAACCGCGCAAUCCUAACCCGAUCGUCCUACUCCUCGAUAUGCCACAAGACGAUGAACCUGCGAUUCGUAGAACUUCGUGGGACGCAAACCCUCCUUCGCCGUUAGCCGGGAAACGACCAAAGGUUGAGCGAAACGAGCCGAGUGAUGUUUAUGGUGUUCAUCUGCUAGCCUAUUUGGCCUCAGAGAUCCAACAACGUGUUCGUUCCAGGCUAGUAAUUCCAAUCGCUGUUCUUGCUGGCAAGACCGACUUACUAGCCGAGCCUAUGCGCAUGUCUCGCUUCUUGGAUGCCGGUGCUAUCGACGUACUUCCGAGCCCGCUCGGAGUCGACAGAGUUCAAGGCCUGGCUGUCCAUGCAUACCGGACCUACAAGGAGGUUGCACGUGAGGAAGCCGGUUUCGUACUCCAGAAAAGAAACCGAAAGCUGUCAUGGGUUGGAAUAGACGAAGAACGACCUUAUGCUUACUUAAGAGAGGUCAUGGUCUCCGGCCUGAUGAACGGCAUUUGCAAUCCCGACUCUGUGGGCGAGUGCAUCGAUCCAAGCGAGCUCAAGAUUGAACCCAGCAGAAAGGCACUCGUGGCCGAAGCUGUGGGGACGUGGAGUUUCUCUGCCCAUGAUUUCGAUUCAGACGAACUUCUCUACGCUGCCUUGACAAUCCUAGAACACGCCCUGCAGAUGCCAGAACUGGAAAAGUGGCGUAUUUCCACGGAUGAUCUUACCGUCUUUCUUUUUGCUUGCAGACACGCCUACAACGAUUUCGUGCUAUAUCACAAUUUCCGUCACAUCGUCGACGUUCUGCAGGCUGUCUUUUAUUUCCUUCUACAGAUCGGUAUUCUGCCUCCUUAUCCAAAUUCGCAGAAUGAGCAGACUCCUAGGGAGGACCUUGCGCCAGUGGCGUCUUUGCUACAGCCUUUUGAUGCAUUGACACUGCUCAUUUCCGCGAUCGGCCACGACGUUGGUCACCCUGGUGUGAACAAUGCCUUCUUGGUAGCUCUUAAUGCGCCACUUGCUCAGCUGUACAAUGAUCGUUCGGUCUUGGAGGCAUUCCAUUGCGCGGCCUACUCACAGAUCCUCCGCAGAUACUGGCCUCAAGCUUUCGCUGACAUUCCUAUGCGCAAGCUGAUGAUCAAUUCCAUCUUGGCUACCGACAUGGGUCUGCACUUCAAGUACAUGAUUGAUAUGGGCAACCUUCAGGAAAAGUUCUCUUCAAAUGACGACAGCAUUGAGGGUUGGACACCGAAGGCUCUUGAGGAGACUAGGGAUCUCGUCUGCGGAUUGUUGAUGAAAUGCGCCGACAUCAGCAACGUGGCUCGCAAAUACGCCGUUGCAGCGCGAUGGGCUGUAAUCCUUACCGAUGAAUUUUCUAACCAAGGUGCCAUGGAGAAGGAGCUCAAUCUGCCGACUUGUCUGUUCGGAGGUCCGCCUGACAGAGAAGAUUUAGUUAAACUAGCAGAGUCUCAGAUUGGCUUCAUGAGCAUAUUUGCUGGCCCUCUUUUCGAAGGUAUAACAGCCAUCCUGCCAGCCAUGAAAUUCGCGACCGUCGAGAUCGAGACCAACCGAACAAUCUGGGAGGAGAAGAUCCAUGUCGAGAAGAUGAGAAGAGGGUCCAUUGUGGCUAGCCCAAUUGCUCAGCCAUCACCUCGACGGACACCUCUCUCCGUACCUGAGGAGGAACCCGAAGACAGCAACGAAGACGACAUCCCUCCCGAACGAGAUUCGCUUUUCGGACCAUCUCGUACGUCGCAGUCACAAAGUGAUGCACCGAAACCUGACCAUAUUCGGUCGAAUGCAGAGCCAGCGUCGCCAUCAUCGGCUACAAGAGUCCGUCCGACAUCCGCAUCUCCCAUCAAGGGUAACAAAAAGAAAACCAGCACUUCGAGCUUCCACGCACCAUACUCGGUUCCCUUCCACCAGCAUACGAACUCGCGCCGUUCUUCGAAAGAUGCCGCGCUCGAGCAGCUAGAACAGUUGCAGUUGGGUCAACUCAGUAGUUUCUCGCGCAUUGAGAACCAGACCUACGAUAAUGGCCGGCGUGGCAGCGGCGACGCUUCUCUGACAACGAUCCUUGUUCGCAGUCAGACGACACAAAGUAAGCAAGAACCAGACUCACCAAUGAAGCCACCGCCUUCGCCCAACAGGCAAACUAUACGGCCGUUCCCAGCACCCGCUCAACCUGGCGUGCCUUCGUCUGUGCCUGCAUCUCGCAGUCAUGCUACUAGUAACGCGACUGCGACGACAACCACAUGCGCGCAAUCCCCAGGCUCUACACGACCCUCUUCUGUGGAAGAGAUGGAGGGAGGGACCCCCAAAGCAAUACAGCCACCUCCAGUACUCUCAACGGAGAACCCGUUUUUACAUCCAAACUCCAGUCCAGACCUGCACGGGAGAGAACGCAUCUCGCACUCGGCACCUGAUAUCAUGAGCAUUCCCGAAGUACGUGCAGGUAAACUAAAUUCGGUAUCCCACAUCACGUCAGAGCAUGGAGAUGAGGGCGACGACCACCGCGGCAUGUCACAACGACCUUCUGGAAUUCGGGAGAGUCGCAGCCGAAGCAGACUGAGAGGACUACGCUUCUGGAGGAAGAGAUGGAAGAGUCCUGGUCACGGCGCCGAAGUUGAGUCUGAUUCGUGA